AUGGUAAAUAGAAGUCAUUCGUGCCCGGACGCUCUUCCCCACCCCGGCAAACCCGCAGGGGCCAAGGGCUGCUCCCAGCCGCCGGCUCCGGGCGUGCGACGGCUUCUUUGUCCGCUGCCGGCUCUCUCCCGGGGCAAGCGCGACCGGCGCUUUACCGGGGUGAUCCCCGAGAACUACUUUUGCCCAGUUUUGCCCCUUGGAUUUUGGGGACCAACCGCAUCCCUGCCGCCGGCUGCUCCCUCCGCACCCACGCAAACGCCGACGGAGCCGGCAGCGACCGGGCCAGCGGCUCCUUCCCGCCGCAGACGGCCACAGCGGCACGGCCCGGGCCGCCACCUACCCCCCCACCCCCCCGCGUUCUUCCGUGGCGGGGGACGAACCCCCAACCCCAGCCCCCGCAGCCGGGGCGGCCACAGCGAGCGGGCGAGUCCCACCACGGGAGAAUCCCGCCCGCGCCCGGUCACCUCACCCCGACAAGGGGCAACCCCCUCCGGCGGCGCCGACUCCGCCCGGGCGGGCACAGACUCCCGGGAAGGCGGCGCCGGGUAG